CCAGGCUCCCGUGCUCCCGGGCUCUUCGGCUGCCAGCCCGCCAGCGCUUCCAGCUCUCGCAGCUGCGCCUCCGGCCGGUGGGCCACGAACCAUCAGGCUUCCUCCAGCCCCACCAGGUGCAGGCCGCCGGGCCCCAGGUCUGUGUAUCUAUUUCCAGAAUUCUGCAAGGCAAGAAAAGGAGGAGAAACCUGUCUAGAAUCCUUGCAGACAGGAACAAGAAAGAUAUCAUCACAACAUGGAAAAACUCUACAAUGAAAAUGAAGGAAAACUGGAAAGCGAGGGAAAGCCAGAUGAUGAAGUAGAGCCUGAAGAUGAAGGAAAGUCAGAGGAUGACGAAAUGCCACACAUAAAGAGGAAUCCUGAACACAGAAAGUGCCAGGCUGAAGGGCAGGCAGAGGAUGAGGGACAGCCAGAUGAGGGAAAGCAAGAAAAGCAGGGCAAGUUGAAGGAUGAGGGAAAAGCCCAGGAAGAGGGUCAGCUAGAGUCCCAGGGAAAGCCAGAGAGUGAGCCCAGGGCUGCAGAAAAGCGCCCAGCUGAAGAUUAUGUGCCCCGGAAAGCAAAAAGGAAAACCGACAGGGGGACAGAGGAUUCCCCCAAAGACUGUCAGGAGAACCUUCAGGAGAGGCAUUUGGGCAGUGAGGAGAUGAUGAGAGAAUGUGGAGAUAUGUCAAGGGCUCAGGAAGAGCUAAGGAAAAAGCAGAAAAUGGGAGGUUUCCACUGGAUGCAAAGAGAUGUGCAGGAUCAGUUUGCCCCAAGGGGCCAACGUGGUGUCAGGGGAGUGAGGGGCGGAGGUCGGGGUCAGAAGGGCUUACAUGAUAUUCCAUAUCUUUAAUGCCUUUGCCCUGGAAUUCUGAUUUCUCUGAUGAGAAUCGUGCUGCCCUUGCUUUCCCUGGCAGGCAUUUGCCUUGCCAGUCUAUGUGCUUUAACCUUAAGCUGAUACUUUGCUUUAGGUGUCACUCUUGUUACCAGCAGCCUUUUGACCUAGCUAGAGUGCUCUGUCUUUCAGUAGGGUGAACUCACCCAAAGUGCAUGGAAGAGAUGUUUAUGGUACGUUGUAAAAUAACAAUAAAGAAAACUCCAUUUUCAGAAUUGCA